CAACACCGCCAUCACUGCCGUCACCACCACUACCGCCACCGACACUACAACCGUCGCCACCGCCGCCGCCAACACCGCCGACCACUGCCCACACCCUCGCAGUCGUCAUUAUCUCCAUCGAUGGCAGACAUCGUUCACUAUUGCCUCUACGGGUUGGCCGUCUUCUUCGUCGGCGGUUGGCUUUUCGUAUGGAUCAUGCAUUUGAUGGCCAUUUUCAACGGUAAACGUAAAUUAUAUAAGAAGUGUGAAGUGAAAGGAGGGACCGAAACACCGCUUCCCGGGGUAUCCAUAAUCAAGCCAUUGGUCGGAAUUGAUCCCAAUUUGUUCAACAACUUGGAGUCAUUCUUCACAAUGAAUUACUCACAGUUUGAAUUGUUGUUCUGCAUUCAUGACGAUAAAGACGCGGCCAUAAUGUUUGUCAAGCGACUGAUCGAAAAAUAUCCCGAAGUGGACGCCCGGCUAUUCAUCGGCGGCACUGUUGUUGGC